GGUCUAGUGGUAGUCUUGGUUUGUUUGUAGGGUUGGCUGUCAGAAUUGUCUGGUUUAUUGAGAAGUUUAUCUUGUAUUUUGCUUUUGCUUCGUUGAAGAAUUCGCGUGCAAUUUUGUUAUCGGUAAUUGG